AUGGGCUACCUAGAAACAAAGGAUUGGACAACUGUAUCUUUUGAAGUGGGACGAAAGACCUUACGCGAGUGGCGAGAAGACCAAUCAAGGAGAAGCGAAGAGGUUGUCGAGCUUUGGGAACAUGUGUUGAGUAGAAGUCCUUCAUCACUGGGAGAUGAAGUUUGGAUGAUUUACGAGCAGGUCUGCAUAGCGGCAUUGGAUUGUGCUAGAUACGAUCUAGCCAUGGAAUGCAUUCAGGAAUUGGAUAAGCGUUUUCCUCGAAGUAAUCGCGUACUCAAGCUUCAGGCAAUGCGAUAUGAAGCUCUUGAACAAUAUUCAAGCGCCGUUUCAUUGUAUGACAAAUUACUUGAAGCGGACUCUACAAAUAAUUCGUAUCGAAAGCGCAAAGUGAGUAUUUUGAUGGCCCAAGGCAAACGUUUGGAUGCAAUUAAAGAACUAAAUGAAUACCUGAAAAUUUACAUAAAUGACUCCGAGGCCUGGUUACAACUCAGCGAGUUGUUUUUGUUGGAAUCAGAUUUCUCAAAAGCCGCUCAUUGUUUGGAAGAAUGUCUCUUGGCAGCACCACUCAAUGCGCUGUAUUUGAGAAGAUUGGCUGAUAUUCGCUACACACAAGGAGGACAAGAUAACGUUGAAAUUGCAAAGAGUUAUUAUGAACAGGCCUAUAAGCUGAAUCCUGAAGAUGUUCGUUCUCAAUAUGGGUUGUUAUUGUGUGCCACUCAACUUGCUCAAGGCAAAAUUAGCGCGGAGAAGAAAAAGGAGCUCUCGUCUUCGGGAGCUGCAAUUGCUGAGAAAAUAGCUGAACAUUACGACGAACUCACCGGCAUCAACCCAGAAGCUCCACAACUUGCUGAUUUGGUUCGCACGAUUGGGAAACAAAUGGAUGGACUAGAGGAGCGUCUAUCGGAAGUCGAACGAGUGCUGGGAAUAUCCGAACUUUCUGAGGUUAAUGCUGCGGAUCUCGAUGUUGAAUCUCUGCGAAAUUCCCUGCUCUCGAAAGGAUGCUCACAAGUGUUCAAGAUAAAAAUGGAAGAUCUCCAGAAGUUGAAAUCCACAAUGACAGAGCCGAAUAUGAAACCUUUGGAUGAAAAAUUGAAUACUGUACAAUUCUGUGAAGACUUGAUAAGGAAACGUAUUGAUUUACUUGAAGAAUGGGAUGCUAAUAUCCAGCCUGUACUAGACUCUGAAGCAAUUCCUACAUCGGAACAACACUCUGCCGCUCUUGAUGGGAUUGAAAAGGAUUUGAAUGAAUCGCUGGCAACAUAUCAGAGAGAAGUUCUGGAAUUGAUGAUUUUCUACGAAGAUUUCAAAAAGCUCAUGAAUACAUUGAAUCAAAGAGUUGAGACUUUGAACUCAAAAGUGCGAAACCUUGAGAAGAAAAAAGAAGCGGUC